UCAUAUAUCUUUCGUAGGAUCUCUGUGUAUUCUGAAGUGACACGUGCAAUACGUGGAUUGGUCAUUAUUAUAAAUGUGUUCUCGAUAAUUAAUACGAUUUUUAAUGAACUUUUAAUGAUGUGGAUAUUAGUACUUUUUUAUUCAUUACUUUUCUGCUCAAGAGGAUUACAAGCCGAUAAAAAGAUUAAUAAAUAUGUAACAACGUUGAUUGAUGCAAAAUGGAAGGAAACCCCAUUGGUUCUCGAAGCAGCCGAAUAUCUUAGCGAUGAAAAUGCAAAUUAUUUUUGGAAAUUUAUAGAAGCAUAUUCCGAUAAUGUUGACUCAAUACAAAAUGGCACGGAAAAGGAUCAUUACGAAUUAAUUUUAAAAUUAGCUGGAAAGUAUUUAUCUCCAGCAGAAAUUGCUGUUCUUAAAUUAGGAUUGUCCUUGCGGAUUUAUUCUACACGCGUUGAAAUGUUUUCACAAAUGGCAGAAAAUAAAAAUAUUUCUACUUUAGAAUGUUAUAACGUAGUAGAUAUUGGUGGGAAAUUUACUUGUUCCAUUGAAGAAAUAGAUAACAUAAUAAAAGAGGAUGAAUGGACUAAGAGAGAUACCUACAGUAUAGAUCAUUAUUAUCUGGGAUCUCAAAAAACUGAUAAAGUUAUGAUAAUGUAUGGUCAAAUUGGUUCUCCUAUGUUCAUUGAUUUACACACAAAAUUGAAAAAUAUAGCAGAUAAAAGAGGAAUCAAUUAUAUAUUACGUUACUAUUUAAAGGAUAGACCAGAUAGGAAAUUACGAUUAUCCGGUUAUGGCGUAGAGUUACAAAUGAAAUCAACCGAAUACAAAGCUACAGAUGAUUCAGAUAUUAAAGAUAAUACUGGAAAAAAAUCUGAAACUAACAAUGAUGGAAUUGAAGAAAUAGAUGGAAUCAAUUUUAUGACUUUGAAAACAUUGUAUCCAGACAAGCAUGCUGAAUUAGAAGAACUACAAACGCAUUUGCUUGAAACUAGUCAUGAAAUUGGAGCAUUAAAAGUAUGGCAGUUUCAGGAAUUAAGUCAUCAAGCAGCUGAAAGAAUAAUGAAUUCUCCUACAGAUGAAGCUCUUAAUGUUUUAACGGAUAUCGCUCAAAAUUUUCCAAUGCAGGCCAAAUCAUUAAUAAGAACAAAAGUAAAUAAUGAAAUGAAAAAGGAGAUGAAGCUCAAUCAAGAAAUAUUUUCUGGAAGUUUGAGUAUACAGCCAACCGAUACUGCACUUUUUAUCAAUGGUUUAUUCUUUGAUUUAGAAGCUAUGGAUGUCCUUACACUUUUAGAGGCUUUGAGAGGCGAAUUGCGUGUAAUGGAGGCACUUCAUAAAAUUGGAUUUAGUAGUAAAAAAAUGGGAAAACUUUUAGCCCUUGAUUUGUCUAGUAAUGCGGAUAAUCAAGAAUUUGCAAUGGACAUUAGAGACUCUGCUAUAAUUUGGAUAAACGAUAUUGAAAAUGAUUCUCGUUAUAGCAGAUGGUCACGUUCCUUGACCGAAUUAUUAAGACCAACGUUUCCAGGAAUGCUUCGAAAUAUAAGACGAAAUUUAUAUAAUUUAGUAUUAAUCAUCGAUCCUCUUAACGAAGAUUCAUUGGCCUCGGUUUCAUUAGCACUAUCUUUAUAUUCAUACGUUGCUCCUUUAAGAGUAGGAUUCGUUUUUAUAACUAAUUAUAAUACUUCAGUCACUGGAUUAUCAGAUCCCAGUGUUGCAGUAAAUAAUGCGUUUCAUUAUUUCAUAGAGAGCAAAGGUGCUAAAGAAGCAGUGCAAUUUUUGUUAGGAAUUUAUAUCGGAUCUAAUACCAUAACUGUGGACGAUAUAAAACAAGCUAUAAGAGCAAGAGAUUCUUCUGCUAAUAUAAAUUAUAUUCUUGGGGAAGAGUCAGAAUAUGACGUUGGUCGUCAUUUGGCUAGUGAUUUUGUGAAACGAUCUGGAUUCAAGAAAUUCCCACAAGCAUUACUUAAUGGUGUACCAUUAUCACCUGCUCGUUUAAAUGCUGAUUCAUUUGAGGAAACGGUAUUAGCUACAAUUGUAUCACAAACACCUGCCCUACAGAAAGCAGUUUAUCGUGGUGAAGUUACGGAAGGAGAUGAUGUCGUUGACUUCAUAAUGAAUCAACCAAAUGUUAUGCCACGAUUAAAUGAACGCAUCUUGAAAAUAGAUAAACAUGCAUGGUUGAAUUUAAUUGGAAUUAUUCCUGAGGAUAAGGAUUUUACUAAAUGGAGUCAUCAAGACGCAUCAUCAUGGCUCAUGAAAAAUAUGAAAUAUUUAUUUAUAUCUCGUCGCACUAGCUUACAUCAUUUAUAUUCAUUUUGGAUCGUAACAGAUUUAAGAUUAGAAUCAUCCAGAAAAUUAUUAGAGGAAGCUCUUGUCUAUAUAGAAUCAAAUGCAGACGCAAGAAUCAGUUUAAUCAUCAAUCCGGCGGAUGAUAUAAAUCAUGAAUAUGAUUUAAACAGAAUUGCUCUUGCUGCUUUAAAUUCAUUGCCUAUGGACAAGGCUUUAAAUAUAAUGCACAAGAUAGUCAAAGAUGCUCCAUUUACUGAGGUUGGCCUCGUUAUUUUUUAUUUUAUAAAAAAAAAAAAUAUAUAUAUAUAUAUCUUAAAUGAAUUUGACGUAAUAUUGCAGUAUGAAUCAAUCGAAGAACAUUUGAAAGAUCAAGACGAAUUAUUAGCAUUCCAUGCAUAUUACGCUAAACAAGUUUUAGGAUUAGAAAAAGGAGUCACGACUGUCUUAUGUAAUGGACGGAUGAUUGGCCCGUUAGAUACUAAUGAAGAAUUUACUAACGAAGACUUUUCACUUUUGGAACGAUUUAGUCACAGUACAUAUGGAGAUAAAUUAUUUAAAAGUUUAAUUAAACCUCAGUCCGAGGAUGAUGAUGAUUAUGAAAAAACUGAUAUUACGGAUGACAUGAUAAUGAAAAUCACUUCACUAUUGGUUCCACGACCACAAACACGUAAUCGAUUUGAUGUACCUUUUCAUGGCGAUGAGCACAGCGUUAUCAAACUUUCACCUGUAAAUCCAGACGAAGUAACAUUCGAUUUAAUUGCAAUUGUCGAUCCUGUAUCACGGGGUGCUCAAAAGUUAGGUCCAAUAUUGAAGACAUUAGAAAAAACUUUGAACUGUCAUAUUAAAGUAUUCCUCAAUUGUUUAGAUAAAAAUAGCGACAUGCCACUGAAAAGUUUCUAUCGUUUUGUACUCGAUCCUGAACCACAAUUUACAACAGAUGGAAAUUUCAAUGGUGCUAUUGCUAAAUUUACUAAACUUCCUACUUCAUCCCUAUUGACACAAUACAUUCAUGCACCAGAAAAUUGGCUCGUGGAAGUAGUAAGAAGUGUCUAUGAUUUAGAUAAUAUUAAAUUAGACAAUGUUGCGAUAGGCGUUCAUAGUGAAUUCGAAUUGGAACAUCUAUUACUCGAAGGUCAUUGCUUCGAAGCAGUAAUGGGAAAUCCGCCAAGAGGUUUACAAAUUACAUUGGGAACCGAGAAACAACCUGUAAUGGUUGAUACUAUAGUUAUGGCGAAUUUAGGAUAUUUCCAGCUUAAAGCGAAUCCUGGUGAAUGGCAUUUACGUUUAAGACAUGGACGUUCAGCAGAGAUAUAUGAUAUUACUACUGUUGACGGACAGGAUGUUAUUCAAGAUGGCAAUAAUGUAAAAGUUUUAAUAAGUUCUUUAAAAAGUCACGUUCUAAAAGUAAAAGUUUCAAAAAAACCGGACAAAGCUAAUAUGGAUUUACUCUCGGACGAUGAAAAAAAUUCUGGCUUAUGGAAUUCUAUUUCCAGGACAUUCGCUACAGGAGAUGAAAAUGAAGAUCAGGAUGAAAAAUUAAAUAUAUUCUCACUUGCCUCUGGUCAUCUUUAUGAAAGAUUUUUAAAGAUCAUGAUGUUGAGUAUUAUCAAACAUACGAAGACACCUGUGAAAUUUUGGUUUUUGAAAAAUUAUUUAUCACCUACGGUGAAAGACUUCUUACCGCACAUGGCAAAAGAGUAUGGUUUUGAAUAUGAAUUAGUUCAAUAUAAAUGGCCACGUUGGUUACAUCAACAAACUGAAAAACAACGAACAAUUUGGGGAUAUAAAAUAUUGUUCUUGGAUGUAUUGUUCCCAUUGAAUGUUAAAAAAAUCAUAUUUGUCGACGCCGAUCAAGUCGUAAGAGCUGACCUGAAAGAAUUGGCAUCUUUAGAUCUUGGCGGUGCACCUUACGCUUACACACCAUUUUGUGAUAGCAGAAGGGAGAUGGAUGGUUUUAGAUUUUGGAAACAAGGAUAUUGGAGAAAUCAUUUGCAAGGUCGUUCUUAUCAUAUUAGCGCCCUUUACGUUGUAGAUUUGAAAAGAUUUCGUCGUAUUGCUGCGGGAGAUCGAUUAAGAGGACAAUAUCAAGCUUUAAGCCAGGAUCCAAAUAGUUUAUCUAAUUUAGAUCAGGAUCUUCCUAAUAACAUGAUCCAUCAAGUAGCAAUAAAAACUUUGCCACAAGAAUGGUUAUGGUGUGAGACAUGGUGUGACGAUUCGUCUAAAAAAUAUGCCAAGACUAUAGAUUUGUGUAACAAUCCGAUGACUAAAGAAGCAAAGUUGCAAGCUGCAAUGCGUAUUUUACCGGAAUGGGUGGGAUAUGACGAGGAGAUAAAAGCGUUGCAACAAAAGAUUGAAAAUGAAAGUAGACAAAUGGAAAAGGAAGAUAGCGAAUCGAGUGAAGAUCAUACGAAACACGAAGAGUUGUGAAGUUAAAUUGAAAUGAAAUAGAAUAAAUAAUCUAGUUUAUGACUUUUUCGAUGAUUCCAAACAAAAAAAGAAGAAGAAGCAACCAAACAAACAAACAAACAAACAAAAAGAACUAUUAUUCACUUUCUUAAUAAGUCUAUAAUUAUCAGAACAUAAUCGAUCGUGCCAUUUAAAAAAAAAAAAAAGAAAAAAGAAAAAAAAAAUGAACAAA